GUGAGAAACUUUAUAGUAUUUCAAUGAAUGAAGAUGUCAAGAUGAUCUUACCAUGACUUAAUUGGGUAAGAAAAUAAGGAAGGAAUUUAAGCAGGGAGUGGCGGGAAAAAGAACCGUUAUGAUCUUAGAUUCGGCGCCAAAACAGCACGUUAUUAAUUUUCCGAUUUUACCCCUUAUUCGUCUACCACCUAAUUAAUAAUCUUCCACUGAAAGCUUCUCCUCUUAUAAUUCAUGGGGAAGCAAGCAACUUGUAAAAGACAAAACGUGUCUUUAAAAGCAAGAAUAUUUCUUUACUUUCCACUUACUCCCUCUUCUUCCUCCAAUCGAGAAAAAAACAUCUCCAAUUUAAUUUCCCCCUCAUCUUCGUGUCUCUUUUCCUCCGCAAACUAUGGAAACUUCGAAGAAAUCACAAGUCGGUAGAGGAUUAGACACCGACGGUAGCAAAUGGGUCAUCGCCGAAAUCUCUAUACGGGCUUCACUGAAGCCGGUGAAGACCAAACUGAAAAGGCACGAGAGAGACACAGAAGCUGAAGAAGUAGAACAUUACAGUGGCAGCGAAGAGUACUGCAUCACACCCACGGCGAAAGAAGAAGCGAAGCUCUCUGAGAAACUGAUAUGUCCGCCGGCGCCAAGAAAACGCCGACCAGCGCUGAAGUGUCGGAGCAAUGUCGGUAUAGAGUACUUUGUGCCUCCUUCAGAUUUGGAGACCGUGUUUAUACGACGCCGUUAAUGCAAAACGAUGAUAUUCUCAAGUAUAUAGUGAAAGAGUUUUAAGUUGUUGUCGGGGCAUUGUCACUAGCUUCGGCUUUAAACUUUGAAGAUCAUUUACCUUGUACUAUAUAAAUUAUAAUUUUAUAUGCGUUUUAUCAACACCAGCUUGUUGAGCUCAUUGGGAUCAAAAGUCUCAUCAUGGCCAGUUUUGGAAUUUGGCGGAUUCUUGUUGAUUUCUCGGCGAAUCUUGGUCAGGGUUUUCUGAGAGAAGCCAGAAGAACCAAGUGAGGUGCCGAGGUAAUGGUGUCUCUCCCGCCUGAAAUGUAUGUCAAGAUGACAUCUUUGAGGAAUCGAUCAUCAAUAGGGUUCAGUAUCUCAUGCUUGGUUGUAUCUAGCUUUAUGAUGACUAAUGCUUUGCAGUUUU